GAAGCGAAUGUUAUAUGAGGACUCUAGGAGAAAGGGCUUUAAUCGCAGUAAGGUAGCGAAUGUAGGGGAGAGUUGGGGAGGGCUGUAGCUGCUGGGGUUUUUCGGAGAAACAACAUGGCUGCGGUGGAGCUCGAAUGGAUCCCAGAAACGCUAUACAACACCGCUAUCUCGGCUGUGGUUGACAACUAUAGCCGGUCAAGAAGGGACAUACGCUCGCUCCCAGAAAAUAUACAGUUCGAUGUUUAUUAUAAGCUUUACCAGCAGGGCCGGCUCUGCCAGCUGGGAGGGGAGUUCUGUGAGCUGGAGGUGUUUGCUAAAGUGCUUCGGGCCUCGGAUAAAAGGCAUCUGCUGCAUCACUGUUUCCAGGCCCUGAUGGACCAUGGCGUAAAAGUGGCCUCAGUUCUAGCAAACUCCUUCAGCCGCCGCUGCUCCUACAUCGCCGAGUCGGACGCCCAUGUCAAAGAGAAGGCCAUCCAGUUUGGCUUCGUGCUGGGUGGCUUUUUGUCUGAUGCUGGCUGGUAUGGAGAUGCAGAGAAGGUAUUUCUGUCGUGCCUGCAGCUGUGCACGCUCCACAGUGAGGUGCUCCACUGUUUCCGGGCUGUGGAAUGUUGCGUUAGGUUGCUCCAUGUCCGCAACGGCAACUGCAAGUACCACCUAGGGGAGGAAACCUUCAAGCUUGCUCAGUCUUACAUGGACAAACUAGCCAAACAUGGCCACCAGGCCAACAAGGCAGCGCUGUACGGCGAGCUCUGUGCCUUGCUCUUUGCCAAAAGCCACUACGACGAGGCAUAUAGGUGGUGUAUAGAGGCUAUGAAGGAAAUUACCCCGGGGCUGCCUGUAAAAGUCAUCGUUGAUGUUCUCCGACAAGCCUCCAAGGCCUGUGUUGUGAAGAGGGAGUUCAGGAAAGCAGAACAGCUGAUUAAACAUGCAGUGUUUCUAGCAAGAGAACAUUUUGGACACAAGCACCCUAAAUACUCCGAUACGCUGCUAGAUUACGGAUUUUACUUAUUAAAUGUAGACAACAUAUGCCAAUCAGUUGCUAUUUAUCAGACGGCUCUGGACAUCAGGCAGUCUGUGUUUGGGGGAAAGAACAUCCACGUCGCCACAGCCCACGAAGACCUGGCAUACUCAUCAUAUGUCCACCAGUAUAGCUCUGGGAAAUUUGACAAUGCUCUAUUCCACGCAGAACGUGCCAUCGACAUAAUAACUCAUAUUCUGCCUGAGGACCAUCUCCUUCUGGCCUCCUCAAAGAGAGUCAAAGCCCUUAUCCUAGAAGAAAUCGCCAUCGACUGCCACAAUAAGGAAACAGAAGAGCGUCUCCUGCAGGAGGCUCAUGACCUGCACCUCUCCUCUCUGCAGCUGGCCAAGAAGGCCUUUGGGGAAUUCAACGUACAGACAGCCAAACACUACGGAAACCUCGGGCGACUUUACCAGUCAAUGAGGAAAUUUAAGGAGGCCGAGGAGAUGCACAUCAAAGCCAUCCAGAUCAAGGAGCAGCUACUGGGCCACGAGGACUACGAGGUGGCCCUGUCCGUGGGGCACCUGGCGUCUCUAUACAACUACGACAUGAACCAAUACGAGGAUGCAGAGAGGCUCUACCUGCGCUCCAUCGCUAUCGGUAAGAAGCUGUUCGGGGAGGGUUACAGCGGGUUGGAGUACGACUACCGAGGCCUGAUCAAGCUUUACAACUCGGUGGGAAACUACGAGAAGGUGUUUGAAUAUCACAAUGUACUGUCCAACUGGAACCGGCUGAGAGAUCGGCAGUUUGCCGUGGCAGACGCCCUGGAAGAUGUCAACACAACCCCCCAGCAGACCCAGGAGGUGGUCAAAGCCUUCCUACUGGCACAGAGCCUCGGCCCCACCCGCCCCUGUCUCGGCUGAAUCCUUUUAUUCCAGUUUCUCUUCAUGAGGGGAAAAGAGUAAAAGGCCAAGUUUUUUUUUUUUUUUUUUUUUUUUUAAAGUCUGGUGAGAAGAAAACCCAAAUGUGAUGCUCCAGUUGCACACACAUAGUCAUAUACAGUAAAUUCAGCCAUCACCGGCUGGUCGGUUGGCUUUGUAGUCUCUGUAGCUGUCAGUACACUCACACACAGGCUCACACACAUAGUGAUUUAAAAUGGAAAAGAAGAAAAAAAGUAGAGAAGACACUGUUGUUAAACCUCAUCGGCUCACUCACACGGCACCAAGAAGCAGCCCGACGGAACAAACCGCUGCACUCUGUCUUCAUCAUUCAAGAGAAAGAGGAAAUGCUCAAAACAAAGGGGAUACAAAGCCUCAGACAUCCUUUCAGACAUGCCCCCUGACCUCUUUCUCUUGUUCCACACACCGGUUUUUCUUUCCUUCUUUUUUUUUUUUUGUUUUCUUUUUGUAUUUGAACUGGUAUAGCUCUGAAUGCCAUGGGACUCCUCACAGAACCAAACUGUGUUCUCUCGGGAGCGUGCGACAGUAUACGGAUCUGUGAAAUACUUGCAUCGACCCAGACCCCUCCAUCAGAGGAAACAGUUGGAUAUUUUUUUGACACUCGUGAAGUUCAGCGGUACAGCAGAUUGUACAGUUUGUUUCACUCGAAACUUUUUUUCUUUUCGUUUGCUAGAAGAAUUGAAAGUGGAAUCUAAGAAGACGUCGUUGAACUCUUUCUUUGAAGUGCUUGUUGGAGUGAGAUUACCAACAAAGGAAUGUAUCAAAUCUGUGGGUAUGUCGUUACACACAUAACAGGCUUAGUAGAUCCUUUUCCAAUUAAUUUGAUUUUUUUUUUUUUUUUGGUCCAGCAAAGUACUGACAUAGCAGAAUUCCAAUGCCAAUAACUAAUAUGCAGACGUAUGUGUUCCAGUAGCCCUUUGUUUUUUGCUUUCUUUCUGAGUGAGCCACAUUAAGGGAACUGGACAGGAGUGCAAAGAGGAUGGCGCUACAUGUACAUAGGUUCAGAGGCCUCCUUUUACAUGUUUAGGGCAGGGCUUCGUGUGUGUGUGUGUGUGUGUGUGUGUGUAAAAAGAGUGCGAGUGAGAGCGAGCGUCGGUAAAUAGAUUGAACUCUUGGUGCCCAAGUGCUCCACUGACAACAACCAGCCUUACACCAGCUUGCAGUUAUCUGUCUGUAGACAGACCCGUACUUAGAAGUGCUUCACGAAUUAUUCGACUCUUAAGGGCACUGCAGCGGGGACCAAAAUUGUGAGUAUGAGUAUGCGUUUUGCAAGCCUACGAACUUGUACAUCGGUUUCCUCUUCCCUGCAUCCUGUCAGAGAUCCCAAUAAAACAAUGUUUUGUCAUUUAGUUUUUCCCUCUCUUCCUCUGUCUUAAACUGGACCAUCAGCCUCCAUCACGGUGCUGUCCAAAAUCUCAUCUGUCUUUUCCCUAACGAGCCGGACGGCUUUGGCGUGCCGGCAUCGGUGGUGAACAGGGACAUUUAGCUGACCAUGGCAUGACUUUUUUUUCUUCUUUUUUUUUAAAGAUAAAAUCAUUUUGGACUUUUGUCCAUCUCACUAAUCUGGGACAACUGGUGGUCUACCUGCAGAGCUUUUAAGAGAUCAGUGUCUUUUAGUUACUAAAGUUACUGAUUGCCUUUCUCUCAGCUCCAUUUGCUAGUUACCGGCGGUCAUAUUUUAAAGGCUUUUUAUUUGAAAUUUUAAACUAUUUACUCUCAGUACUCCCUUUUUUUAAUAUAUAUAUAUAUAUGUAAGAGCACAUAUUUAAAAUAAACUACAAAAAAGAUCUGUGAUAUUUGGUUGGUUCUGAUUGAGAACAGAAAAUAGGAUCUCUUUUUUUUUUUUUCUCAGCUUUUCAGUAUUAACUCUUCAGACUGUGUAAUGGUGACACUAAAAAUGUCCUGUGAUUUAUUGGCAAACUUAUGUAGAAAUACAAUAUCUGUUUGACACUAUAAAAAAAUAUUAAACCCAAAAUGUAAAGCAACGAGAAUUCUUUGAUGCUACAGAGAAUAUUCAGAUGAGUUUUUAUGUUUUAAAAGAACAUACCGACUUAUCUAUCGUUUCAUCCUCAAACAAAUUCCGAAGCCCGAGUUUCGUUUAAACAUAACAUGUCAUUUUUAGGGUUGAAAUUCAAUUCGAACUGCUUUCAUUGGAUAGAGAAGUGGAUGCCGACGCAUCGAUUAUGGUUAAACUGUAUUUGAGGUAAGUCGGGUCCCGUUUUUGCUGUCAGUGGCAAAAAGUUGAAACAUUAGUUGUUGUUUUUUAAACUGACGUGAGCAUAACAGCUAUAGCUUUGUAGGGAAAUACACGAUGAGAUUUUGAGCAGUACAAUCCAAGCCAUUGUGUGCAAUCAAAUGUGUUGCAUUGCUGACAAUGUGAAGCCUUGAAUGAAUGCCCCACUGAUUUGUCUCCACGCGGCUGAAGGAAAUGCGCUUUGCCUUCAGUGGUGCUGUGAUACUUAUCGCCGUACUUGAAGGGUACAGACCCAGCCUAUUCCCUCUCCCCCCCUAAAAGGCUGAUCUUCAAGACUUGGAAUACUUUGAAACAAGCGCCCACCAAUUCUGGGGCAUACAAAUGUUUAAUGGGUUUUGGGAGGGGACUCUGGCUCCUCCUGCUCCUUAUUUGAAUGUGUCUCCAGUCAAAGAUCACAUGCUGAUUUAAUUGAUGACAUUCUGGGCCAGAGAGGCCAAACACAAGUUUUUUUUUUUUUUGCAUCUUGUUUGGAUUUUCUUUCUGCCAUCUCUCAAAGUUUAAAAAAAAAAAUUAUAUAUAUAUCGUCACGUGAAGUAGUUUGUCAAAAUUAAAAGUGACGUGUCGAUUUCCGUUUCUCCUGUUUGGCCCCGUUUGUUUUUUCUGCUAUUAACAAUGACUGAGAGAAAGCAGCCUACUGGUGGAGGGUAAAGGACGACCCCCUGGCUGUGAUCUAAUGGAAUCCGAAAGGGACUAAGUGUGGUGGUGCUGUUGGGUUUUUGAAGACUGGAUGAAAUGGAAGUAAAGCUGUGAUACCUCCAGCACGCCUGCUUUUUUCGCUUCUCAAUUCGAUGAGACGAUGGACACCAAAUCCAACGAUGGGAUGUUUUCCUCUUCCUGCUUCACUGUUAGAUGCAAAACCAUUAAAAAUGUUAUUGCCA